CCAGUCCUGUCCCCUCCCACUAAUUUAAGAGCUAAGGAACUGAGUCCCACAGAUGGGCCCUGAGAGCAGUGGCCUUGGAGCAGGGGGGCCCAGCACCCACAGGCUAGGGUGGGUUGGAGGUGGCCACGUGCCUGCCCCCACCCUCAUCGGCCUUGAGCAAGGCCCUGGCCCUCCCCGUCAUUCUGCAGUUUCACUUUUGUUGGUUUCAACACUUGGAAGGCUGCGGCUCCUGCCGGUGCCCCGGGCCUCAGGGAACGGGUCCCCCUACCGCAGUGCUCCCUGGCCAGCCCCAAGGGACCCAGUGGAGAUACCCACCCCUGCCACUCAGCACAGGCAGCCCCACAGGAAGCAGGGAGGUCUCCAGCCCCCCCCCGGGGGCCGCCCUGGGCCUAAGUGCCUGGGGCAGUGCGGUUCUGUCGAGGGCGAGGGCAGCCUGGGAGGAGGGAGGCUGGAGUGAAGGACCAUGGGCUCCAUGUUCCGGAGUGAGGAGGUGGCCCUGGUCCAGCUCUUUCUGCCCACAGCUGCUGCCUACACCUGCGUGAGCCGACUGGGCGAGCUGGGCCUCGUGGAGUUCAGAGACCUCAACGCCUCGGUGAGUGCCUUCCAGAGACGCUUUGUGGUUGAUGUUCGGCGCUGCGAGGAGCUGGAGAAGACCUUCACCUUCCUGCAGGAGGAGGUGAGGCGGGCUGGGCUGGUCCUGCCCCCGCCCGAGGGGAGGCUGCCAGCACCCCCACCCCGGGACCUGCUGCGCAUCCAGGAGGAGACCGAGCGCCUGGCCCAGGAGCUGCGGGAUGUUCGGGGCAACCAGCAGGCCCUGCGGGUCCAGCUGCACCAGCUGCAGCUCCACGCCGCGGUGCUGGGCCAGGGCCACGGCCCCCAGCUGGCAGCCGCCCACACAUACGCGGCCUCAGAGAGGACGCCUCUGCUCCAGGCCCCCGGGGGGCCACACCAGGACCUGAGGGUCAACUUUGUGGCAGGUGCCGUGGAGCCCCACAAGGCCCCCGCCCUGGAGCGCCUGCUCUGGAGGGCCUGCCGUGGCUUCCUCAUCGCCAGCUUCAGGGAGCUGGAGCAGCCACUGGAGCACCCCGUGACGGGUGAGCCGGCCACGUGGAUGACUUUCCUCAUCUCCUACUGGGGCGAGCAGAUCGGACAGAAGAUCCGCAAGAUCACAGACUGCUUCCACUGCCACAUCUUCCCGUUCCUGGAGCAGGAGGAGGCCUGCCACGCGGCCCUGCAGCAGCUGCAGCAGCAGAGCCAGGAGCUGCGGGAGGUCCUGGGGGAGACGGAGCGGUUCCUAAGCCAGGUGCUGGGCCGGGUGCAGCAGCUGCUGCCGCCGGCGCAGGCACAGGUCCAUAAGAUGAAGGCUGUGUACCUGGCCCUGAAUCAGUGCAGCGUGAGCACCACGCACAAGUGCCUCAUCGCGGAGGUCUGGUGCGCCACGCAAGACCUGCCGGCCCUGCAGGAGGCCCUGCGGGACAGCUCGACAGAGGAGGGAGUGAGCGCCGUGGCCCACCGCAUCCCCAGCCGCGAGAUGCCCCCCACGCUCAUCCGUACCAACCGAUUCACUGCCAGCUUCCAGGGCAUCGUGGAUGCCUACGGUGUGGGCCGCUACCAGGAGGUCAACCCCGCACCCUACACCAUCAUUACCUUCCCCUUCCUGUUUGCCGUGAUGUUCGGGGACGUGGGCCACGGGCUGCUCAUGUUCCUCUUCGCCCUGGCCAUGGUGCUUGCGGAGAACCGGCCGGCCGUGAAGACCGCACAGAACGAGAUCUGGCAGACUUUCUUUGGGGGCCGCUACCUGCUCCUGCUCAUGGGCCUGUUCUCCGUCUACACCGGCUUCAUCUACAAUGAGUGCUUCAGCCGUGCCAGCAGCAUCUUCCCCUCGGGCUGGAGCGUGGCUGCCAUGGCCAACCAGUCUGGCUGGAGUGAUGCAUUCCUGGCCCAGCACACGAUGCUCACCCUGGAUCCCAACGUCACUGGCGUCUUCCUGGGACCCUACCCCUUUGGCAUCGACCCUAUCUGGAGCCUGGCUGCCAACCACCUGAGCUUCCUCAACUCCUUCAAGAUGAAGAUGUCUGUCAUCCUGGGGGUCGUGCACAUGGCCUUUGGGGUGGUCCUCGGAGUCUUCAACCACAUGCACUUUGGCCAGAGGCACCGGCUGCUGCUGGAGACACUGCCAGAGCUCACCUUCCUGCUGGGGCUCUUUGGCUACCUCGUCUUCCUUGUCAUCUACAAGUGGCUGCGUGUCUCGGCCACCAACGCUGCCUCGGCCCCCAGCAUCCUCAUCCACUUCAUCAACAUGUUCCUGUUCUCCCACAGCCCCACCAACCGGCCACUGUACCCUCGGCAGGAGGUGGUCCAGGCCAUGCUGGUCGUCCUGGCCUUGGCCAUGGUGCCUGUCCUUCUGCUCGGCACACCCUUGCACCUGCUGUGCCGCCAUCGCCGCAGACUGAGGAGGCCCACUGGCCGAAAGCAGGAAGACAAGGCCGGGUUACUAGGCCUGCCUGAUGCAUCUGUGAAUGGCUGGGGCUCCGAUGAGGAAAAGGCAGGGGGCCUGGAGGACGAACAGGAGGCCGAGCUCGUCCCCUCCGAGGUGUUCAUGCACCAGGCCAUCCACACGAUUGAGUUCUGCCUGGGCUGCGUCUCCAACACCGCCUCCUACCUGCGCCUGUGGGCCCUGAGCCUGGCCCAUGCCCAGCUGUCGGAGGUUUUGUGGGCCAUGGUGAUGCGCAUAGGCCUGGGCCUGGGCCGGGAGGUGGGUGUGGCAGCCGUGGUGUUGGUCCCCAUCUUUGCCGCCUUCGCCGUGAUGACUGUGGCCAUCCUGCUGGUGAUGGAGGGGCUCUCGGCCUUCCUGCAUGCCCUGAGGCUGCACUGGGUGGAAUUUCAGAACAAGUUCUACUCAGGCACCGGCUACAAGCUGAGUCCCUUCACCUUCGCUGCCGCAGAUGACUAGGACCCACUGCAGGUCCUGCCAGAUCCCCCGUCCUGACCUGAGGCAGGAGAGGAAUAAAGAGGGUCCGCCACAGCA